AUGAAACCGGUGGACAUAUAUGAAUACUAUGUCGAAAGAGUUGUUGAAAUUUUGAAAUUAAAGGAGAUUAGAAUGCAAAUGGAGGAUAUAAAGAGGAUGGGUGUGACUAUAGCUGUUUUUGACUUUUGUGGAAAGAUUCCGCUGGUGCACAAGCUGUUCGUUGGUGUGAAAAAAGAAGUUUUUGUUGUGUACGAUGUUUCCAAGUGUAGGGAGGAAAUAUACGAGGCUUUCAAAGGACAUGAUCUGAUCUAUGUCCUAGAAGACAUUCAAAGCGCAGAAAGCAAUAUUUUCUACAAAUAUAACAAUGCCAUCUUCCUCCUAUUUGAUCGGUUUAGAUUCAUCCGGUGCAUGAAAGAAGGUUAG